AUUAAACGGCCGAUGAACGCGUUCAUGGUGUGGGCCCAGGCAGCUAGGAAGCGUCUAGCCGACCAGCAUCCCCAGCUGCAUAACGCCGAACUGAGCAAGACGCUGGGAAAGCUGUGGAAGCUUCUCGACGAUCAGGGCAAGCAGCCGUUUGUGGUGGAAGCCGAGAAGUUACGACAGCAGCACAGAGUCGACCACCCCGACUACAAGUAUCAACCGAGGCGGAAG